AUGGCGAAUCCGCCAGAGAUAUCCAGAGAUGAUCUCCCAAGCAAGUUCAACUACCAAGCAAUACCAUGGCCGGAAGGCGUCGAAGUCGUUGACCGGGCGCGGCGGAGGCGGCUCUCUACCUAUCUCAGUUAUGCGAAUAUGUCGGAUUCGAGAGCAAAUGAUGCAGACAUCGUGAACAGGCCAUAUACGAACGAAGACAUAGUCCGAUUCCAGCGGAUGUACACGCAAGCGCGUCCACAGUUGACGCAUUUCCAGCUCCGCAAUCUAAUAGCCCCGGUGACGAAGAACAACGUGUUUUACUCUGACGUCUGGACGGUGAAAAAGCUAGAUGCUGAUACCGGCCAGAUUUCGGAAGUAAUGAACAGAGCUAACGCGAAAACUGGGACGGGUCAGUGCAUCAAGAUCUCGACAAUAUCGGCGAGCAAAGAUGCUGUAGUCGCAGGCGGAUAUAGUGGCCAAUACAUGUACAAAAGCCUCAACACUUCUAGCGACUCCACCGUUCCGACAGCCGAGGGCAUCGUGACCACCGACAUCAACAACAUCACAAACCAUGCCGACAUCACGCGCUGCCUCACCAAAGGAACUCCCCAGACCGCGUUUUCGUGCAAUGACUCGAUGGUGCGCAUCCUCGAUCUCGAUCUGAACCAGCUGGUUGCCGAACAUCCGUGUCCGUGGGCCGUGAACUGGACCGCGACCUCGCCAUGCGGCAAGCUCAGAGUCGUUGUCGGUGACUCAACAGACACGCUCAUUAUGGACGCCGAAUCCGGUGGCGUGAUUGCUUCCGUAGGCGGGCACAAAGAUUUCAGCUUUUCGUGCGCGUGGAGUAACGACGGCCACACCGUCGCGACCGGCAAUCAAGAUCUAACCUGCCGGAUCUACGACUUUCGGAAAUACGACCAACCUCUGCACGUCCUCGGCGCGCAAAUGGGCGCCAUCCGCUCCGUCAAGUUCAACAAAACCGGUAACCUGCUCGCCAUGGCCGAGCCAGUCGACUACGUGCACCUGCUCAACACCCGCAACUUUGACCGCGGCCAGAUCAUUGACUUUUGGGGCGAGAUCGCGGGCAUCGGGUUCUCGUCGUACGCGGACUUGCACGCCGACGACUCGCUCUGGAUCGGAAAUAGCGAUAGCACUGUUGGCGGCUUGAUGCAUUUCGAGAGUGGUCGCGGGUCUGCGCUUGCUGAUCCGCUCGGCGACUUUUUCAUUUGA